CCCAUCUUGGUCUCUACCAUCGCUCACCAACCGCUCACCUCAACCCGACCGACUACCCGAUAUCCGACCUCGGCCAUUCCAAAGGAGCGCUUCCUGCCACAUCACACAAAAUCACAGCAAGGCUCAAGACACUAGCUUCAAAGGGCUCUCUUUGAACACAUCAUGGCUGCUCCUGGGGUUCAGUCGCUCAAGUGCGUCGUGACUGGCGAUGGUGCUGUCGGCAAGACAUGUCUGCUCAUCUCCUACACAACAAAUGCCUUUCCCGGCGAAUAUAUCCCCACAGUAUUCGAUAACUACUCGGCAAGCGUAAUGGUGGAUGGCAAGCCCAUCAGCCUGGGUCUAUGGGAUACUGCUGGUCAGGAGGACUACGAUCGUUUGCGACCACUGUCAUACCCGCAGACCGACGUCUUCUUGAUCUGUUUCUCCAUCGUUAGCCCACCUUCCUUCGAUAACGUCAAAGCCAAGUGGUACCCCGAAAUCGACCAUCACGCGCCGAACAUUCCCAUCAUCUUGGUCGGCACAAAGCUCGAUCUGCGAGAGGACCCUGCUACCCUCGAAUCGCUGCGACAGAAGAGAAUGGAGCCUGUAUCGUAUGAUCAGGCCCUCAUGUGCGCCAAGGAGAUCAAGGCACACAAGUACCUCGAGUGCUCUGCCCUAACUCAACGGAAUCUUAAAAGCGUCUUUGAUGAGGCCAUCCGCGCUGUGCUUAACCCACGGCCGCAACCCAUCAAGGCCAAGAAGUCCAAGUGCACUAUUCUGUAGAAGAGAAUAGUGUCACCCUACAGCUCCAGCUGAAGCAGCAGCAGAAGGCGCCUAGGGCAAAUUGUAGGCAUCUGGGCUGUCCUUUCUGCUGUGCCCACAACUCUCUUGUUGCCCUGAUAUCCACGGCCGCUGGCGUUUCCGGAUACAUGUUCUUCUUUUCGCCAGCCUCUCACGGCGAGACAGGAGAAGAACAGUACUUGGCAUCGGCAUUCCGUGUGAGGCAACUUCCACUCCAAAAACACAGCAUUUCCCGGGAUUUUUGCAGAUCAUAAACACGAGGACACCGCUGCUGCCGCUCCUUUCUCUUGCUUUUUGCAUUCCCCCGCCUAUACUCCCAUGUUCAUCGUCCUUCUGCAAAUCAGGUUACAGGUGUCGGUAUUUGGCUUUGGCUUUGGUUGUUCCCGCUGCUCUUUCUUUCCA